AUGACAGAAAUCGCUCAAGACGUCUUACGAUCUUUUAUGUCGAGUGACUAUUUGCUAAUGUUUAUUGAUGAAUACAGCAGUUUUCCUGAUGUCGAGAUAAUCCUGUCAACAUCAGCAAGGUCUAAAUUCUUUGUGCUUCAAAAGGCUUGCCGGAAGUCGACAAGACAUAUAACGACCCUACUUUUCAAGGUCAGUAAUUCCUCGACCAUCCAGUUGUGUUUUCAUUAUAGUAAAACCACAUCACUCUGUCCGGAAGCGAAUGGUGAAGCCGACCGUUUCAUGAAGACAGUGAGAAACUGUUGCCUCAUUUUAUCCACAAAGCAGGUUCACACCCCACAGUGCAACGAAGCUGUUUCUUUUCAAAGUCUUCACAAGAAGGAAGAUGAAUAUCGGUACACUGUGCAUUCCUCAUCCAAAAAAUUCGUUUCUCGUCUCGCAAUACACCGAAAAUCAUGUCCUCAGCAAAAACCAGACGAAGACAAAUGUCGAUCAUAG